AUGAAGCUUAGGCCAGCGAUUAGGAGAGAUAGUAGGGCUAAAGAAGGGAACAAGAGCCAAUCGCAAAGGAAGCCCGUUGACUACAGCUACGUACAUUCUACCCCAAAACAAGCAUCAGACGAUAAACCAAUUAUACCACUCUCCGUAAUUGAUACGGAUUUCACAGAUUUAGAGCCAAUUCAUAUAACUCCGAAAUUCGACGUUAUCGAUUAUUCAACGGCGCAGCCAAAGGCAAAUACUGAAAUGCAGCAGCAGCUAGGGCAGCUGCAGCCACAGCCACGGCCAAAAUCUCAGCUACAGCCACAGCCACAGUCACGCCGAAAAUCUACAACAUCAAUUUUACAAGACAAACGUCUUCCUGAUCUCCCAUCAAAUCCCUCUCAGCCGCUAUCAUCAACGCCAUCACCGAGUCACAGCAAUUCCGAAGACUUGGAUGACUUCGGUCCCCUGAAAGUGGAACACACUUCGAUUGAUUUGAAACGCAGACAAAAGCAACAAAACCGAAAAGCUAUGACUUCGUUGCUCGGGUCCCCAAGUGAGUCUGAUCUUGAUACCAAAAUUAAUCGUGAGCCUCAAAUCAAAUACCCCGAUCAGGUUGAUCCUUCUCCACUUCCCCCACUUAAAUCCAGCUUCUUGGAACCACAGAAACCGACAUCGGCGAGACCAGCAACGUCAUCAAGUUUAGCCACACAGACUCCACUUGCUAGUUUGUAUUUGGUAUCUGGUCUGCCAAAGGAUCCAGCUGCUUGGACAUACGCCGACGAAGCUUCUGUCGCAAAUGUUCAUCACUCACCUAAUGCUGUUGGCAGGUGGUGGAGAGCAGAAACGCUGGGUACGAGUGCUUCUCCAGGUAUCAGUGUCCCUGGUUUAGAUUUCAAUGGCAAGAAAAAGCGCGUCGGCGGGAUGCCUAAGGACGAAGUAAACAAAGUGCAAGCCAAGGCAUUAAAACUCUCAUUUACUCAGGAAGUUGAAAUCAUAUCGUCAUCUCUUCAACCUCCAUCCACAAUGCACUCUUUUUCAUUCAGCGUGGCUUCACAGCGAUCCAAUACCGGCUAUACGUCGAACUCAAUCAACUCGCAGCAAUCCAACUCAUUCAAUUCAGGCUGGGCGAAUACUCAAACAACCAAUGAUUCAAAAAAGUACGACUGGAAUAACCAAACAUACCAACAGCCAGAUCCACUAGGUCUUAACGAUCAACAGCCCGGUGUAGACAGAGAUGGCCGCAAGACAUAUUACGGCGUUGUCCUCCAAACGUGGUCGCAUGCCGAUCCAGGACGAGCACAUGCUAUUCGGAAGGCGUUAUCUUCGCGUCAGCGCCGCGCAGAGAGUCUCAGUCAAGCAUCAACCACCGAUAAACGCGAGGACUUAAUGCAAAAGAGGCUUAACGUGAAUGGAAAUGGUGGUACAGAUGAAGCGUCUCGCAACAGUGACAACGAAGAUUAUGAGGAUGCAGAGGAUGACACUGCUACUGUUGGAGAUACAACAGAUAUAUUAAGCGAUGUGAAUGAUGCUCUGCCUAGCCAAGUCGGUGCAGGAUUGGCGUAUGAAGAUGCUCCUUUAACCGGCGCUGUGCCUGAAGAGACACUAUUUUGGCUGCCUUACAGCCUCACUCUAGUUUCUACGCAUCCAAUCUAUGACGUUCUUGCUGAUUACCUAUCGAUUAGCUGGGCGAUGCAUAGUCGCGACAUUAGCUCUCAUAGCGCAACUAUGAAGAGCCUGUUGGAGAAACCAGCUCCAAAGUACGGAGAGAUGAUCAAGUUGCCAGCAGCUGGACGUGCGCACAAGCAUCGUCGACUGGAUGAGAAGGAUGAGAGGAAACGAAAAGACAAGAAGAAGGCUGAUUCUUCACUCACAGUGAUUGCUCGUAUGCCUGGUGCUAUCAAUUUUGGACAGAAUCUGCUCGAAACGGGAUUCACAUCAUGGCCUCUGUUCAAGUGUCUUUCUAUUGAGAACAUCCUCACUGUAUGUGAGAUAGCACUUGCGCCUACUGGACGCAUACUCUUCUUAUCGCGAUACCCGCAAAUGCUCGGUGUAGCCUGUCUAACGCUGCAGUAUAUGGUCGAGAGUAGGGGUUGGGCAGGGCAGGUGCACCAGAUAGUACAUGCGCGCGACUACGCAAUCCUCUUGGAAGAUCCAGGACAGUCAAUUAUAGGUGCCCGCACCGAGGUGCGCUAUUCUCUCAAGCCGCCCGCUGAAGUAUGUGCAGUCGACCUCGACAUGAACUUUGUGCAGUGUAUCAAUCCGCCAUCUGGAUAUGUCAGUACGGGUAGUCAGAGGGAGAAGAAAAAGCAGAAGCUAGUGGCAUCGUUCGGCACAUACCGUCCCGACGAAUCAGUGCCUUCUGAAUUCAAGGAAGCAUUUCCGUCAGGCAGGUUCAUGCCUCUGUGUCAGGUAGAGUCGAGAGGGAAAGCGCCUAGCACCAUUGAGCGUGUACAAGCACCUUAUUGGUGGGAUCCACAGUCCAUCCUAGGCGCAUUCGAUAGCGUUCUAGCUUCCCGUCAUAGACGCCCAUUCAGUAUCAUGAAUCUGCUCACUCGUUCUCAUAAGCGCUUGCCACGGUUGAGCGCAACUGAGCAGAAAACUCAACAGGCUAUACGAGCCCGCGUUGCGCAGUUUGUCGAUAGCAGGGACGAGCUCGAGACGAGGAUCGGCAAGCUAAACAAACGUCUUGGGUUUUUGGUCGUCAAGAGCGAGCAGUGGAAGAAACGUUUUGAGCAGUUCGAAAGUUAUGCUGAGAGGCUGUCUUGGGAGGCGUCUCAUCUGCGCAGCAAGAUUGAUAGGGAGAGGAGAGAGAGUAAGCGACUGUCGGGGAUGGUCAUCCAGCAGACUAAAGCGAGGGAUAGCUUGGUGAACCAGCUCCGUCAGACGGAAUUCUUGAGAGCGGGUGCAUUGGCUGAGCUGGACGUGAUGCAGACUCAGCUGCGCAGGUUUGAGAACGAGAGGGAUGAUAUGGUGUCACAUAUUACAACCAACCUCAGCGAUGCUAUCGGACAGUUGGAUAAAGCAGGUCAGACAUCGCGAAGCAACAGCCCUUGGAUUGGUGAUAAAAGGUAUUCUCAUCAGAAGUCCAAUUCGUUAGAGAGUGCUAUCCCGGAAGAGUACGCUGUAGAUGACGAUUAUGUAGAGAAGCUGUCGAACGAUGAUGACAAGGGUCUUUCAGAUAGUGAGAGCAGAUCGACGUACCAAGUGCAGAAGACCAUGUCUAUGAUACAGAAUAAAUUGGAGAGAGCACUGAGCGAUCUGGAGGCGAGUAGGAGGCAGUCGAUGGAUGAAGAGGCGGAACCAGUUCAGGAAAAGACUGAAAUCAUACAAAAGGAUCUCAGAAACAUACAGCGCUCGCAACAAUUCAUCCGCCAGUCGCAGCUCCUCCAGGUGGCGAAAGACUCAGAAGACAAGCUAGCAAGCGUGGAAACGGAUGAAGCUGAAGCUAAAGGGGGGAGCGAUGCGAAAGAAGGCGGGAAGGAGUCGAAGGAGUCAACGACGUACGCACGCAAUUCUAAGCGACGCUCAAUUCACGCACCUGCCCGUCUCAGUCUUCCACCGCGCAACUACCACGAAUACGGCGACGAAGAGCAGAAGGAGUUCUUGUUCGACAGUGCAGCGAACAUAGAAGAGAGAAAUGCGGUGGCGGAGGAAUACAUUAAAUACAAAAACCACAAAAAGGAGUUCAGGAAGAGUCUGGCGAGAUUGUCGCAGUCGCAACAGCAGAGCCAGAGCGGCGAGGAGGACAAGUAUAUGACGACUUUAGAGAGCCCGCAGAAUCUGAAGGGCAGCUUGAAAAAGAAGCAGGUUAAGGAUAUCGUGCUCGUCAGGGAUGGCGAGAAGUCUGAGGAGGAGCAGACGCGUAACAGAAGCCAGGCACUAGCCUUUUUGGAGGGGAAGUAA